GAUGACGUCACCCGACCAGGAAGUAAAGGAGCACGCGUCAACUAUCUGCACGAGUGCGGCACAAUUACCUAAUUUGACAUUUUACAUGUCGGGACUCAACUGGACAUGGCUGCCAGGCUGAGCUUCGCAAACAUCACCGCCUUAGCCCCCAUGGUGCGGGUGGGCACGCUGCCCAUGAGGUUGCUAGCGCUGGACUACGGCGCUGACGUGGUCUACUGCGAGGAGCUGAUUGACAUCAAGAUGGUGCAGUGUCACAGGGUGGAAAAUGAGGUUCUACAGACGGUGGAUUUUGUGGCUCCGGAUGAUCGCGUGAUGUUCAGGACGUGUGAAAAGGAAAAGCAGAAAGUCGUCUUCCAAAUGGGUACGGCUGACCCGGAGCGAGCCCUCACCGUGGCCCGACUGGUGGAAAAGGACGUGGCGGCCAUCGACGUGAACAUGGGCUGUCCCAAAGAAUAUUCCACAAAGGGCGGGAUGGGCGCGGCUCUUCUGUCCGAUCCCGACAAGGUUGAGGCUAUCCUCAGGAAGCUGGUCAGCGGAGUGUCUGUACCCGUCACCUGUAAGAUCAGGAUACUGCCCUCGCUGGAGGACACGCUGAGCCUGGCGCGGCGGAUCGAGAAGACGGGCGUGGCCGCCAUCGCCGUGAAACAAGGUUCCGAGUUUGAACGAUGCCCCUUUUUUGGUCUCUUUAAAAAGUUGAUCCGGUAGCUUUGCGGCACUUCGCGGCUUAGACGAUGCAUGUUUGAUUUCAGCGGAGGCUCCCUGGACCUGGUCAAGACCCACGGCGACAUCCGAGCCUUCAAGGAGGCCACGGGCGCCUCGUCCGUCAUGUUGGCGCGAGCCGCCAUGUGGAACCCGUCCAUCUUUCGCAGCGCGGGACUGCUUCCUCUCCACGACGUCAUGAUCCAAUACCUCAAAUAUGCGCUGCGCUACGACAACCACGCCUUCAACAGCAAGUACUGUUUGUGUCAGAUGCUGCGAGACAAAGUGGAGUCGGUCUUGGGGAAACGCGUGCAGGCUGCGCAGACCAACCUGGAACUCAGUGAAGCGUACGGUCUUGAGGACUUGUUCAAAGAGACGCAGACACAGCUGGAGGCUCGCCGCGACGCCCUGCUGAGUCCUGGGUGGCGGCAGGACAACGUCAUCACCAUGGAUGGCGAUGUCACCACCAUGGCCCUCAAGUUUCAACGACGUGAAUAUCCUCCCCAACUAACGCCAAAGAUGUUCCUUCUGGAGUGGAGCCGGCGACAAAAGAUGGAGCAGCCGACAUACCAAACGGUGCAACGUGCGCAGGAUCGAGCCUUCCAGUCCACUGUGACUGUACAAGACAGGAAGUACAGAUCCUCACUCUGGGAGAAGUCAAAGAAGUUUGCUGAGCAGGCGUCCGCCGUGGUUUGUCUGCGCUCUCUGGGAAUUCCAGAAGGCCGCAUCGGCACGGAAAAUGAUGCGUGGCCGCAGAAAAGGAAGAUAGAGGACAACCGCAACGCAGAAGAGAAGAGGAAAAAACGAACGGUGGAUGCUGACGGCGAGCCGGACACCGGCAGCUUGUGAAGACAAAAACGUUCCACGUGGAACCACGUUUGACUUUUUAUUUAUUUUUUCCAUCUCCCAUCAACACAAACUUGCGGAAUCCAGUGGACGACUUGAACAUGGUUUUGAUUAUGUCGGGGAUGAUUUGAAACUCGCACUCAACUGAGGACUUUGAUUUGAUCUCGGGAACUUGAAGUUGUGUGUGACCCAAAAAGUCGAUUGCGUUGUAAGCAUACAAACGGCUGCUCGCUUUUGAUUUUGUAACACGAUUUUGGUUGGAACUUUUGAAGCUUUGGCCCCCAAGCUGCACCUGCAGCGAACAGGGGGCAGCAUCAUUUUGCUUGGGAAAAACCUCGGUUGAGCAGUCAUCCGUUUUCUGCACGUCAACUUAAAGCAUCGAUGGAGAUCAAUAUAUUUUUUACUUAUUUUUAAUUUCAAAUCAUGGAACAGCGUUUGCUGCAUGUAAUUUUUUUUCUUGAGCCCAAAGAACAUUUUUAGGAGGGAGGGGCGUGCUAGAAUGAAGUUUAAUUGCAUGUCGAACAGGAGCCAAGAAGUGUGGUGAACAAAUUCUUAAGAGACUACAUGGAAACAGAUUUAACACUGAUGAAAAGAAAGGUGAAGAGAGACUAAAAAAAA